GCUCACAAUCUCUGUAGUUUCACAAUGAGUUUCACAAUCUUUUGGUCGUGGCAAGCAAUAGUGUUGCAUAUUCUCCUGCAAUACACCGUGGGGAUACGUGUAACUAACCACACAGCUGAUGACCCCGGAGAGCCCUUGUUUCUAACACCGUACGUCGAAAGAGGCGACAUCGCUACAGCCAAAAAGUUAGCGCGAGUGACCCUGAACAACUUGGAAGUCGAGAGCUAUGCGGGUUUCUUCACAGUCAAUAAGACAUACAACUCUAACCAGUUCUUUUGGUAUUUCUCCAGCAAGUCAUUGGAUAAACAUAAGGCUCCGGUGCUUCUGUGGCUGCAGGGUGGGCCAGGCAAGUCUUCCUUAAAAGGUUUAUUUCUUGAAAAUGGCCCAAUCACAGUUAAAAAUGGGGAAUUCCAGUCCAGAGAAUACCAUUGGGCACUGAAUCACCACGUGAUAUAUAUUGACAAUCCAGUCGGCGUUGGAUUUAGCUUCACCAAAAACCAGAAAGGAUACUGUACGGAUGAAACGCAGAUUGGCGCGCAACUCUACUCCACCCUAACACAGUUCUUUCAACUUUUUCCAGAUCUUCAGCAAAACGACUUUUUCAUCACUGGAGAGUCUUACGCUGGAAAAUACGUGCCGGCUCUCGCUUAUACUAUCCUUAAGAGGAACUCUAAUGGGAAAACUAAUAUAAACCUUAAAGGACUCGUUAUUGGUGGACCUUGGAUAAAUCCUGAUAGUCAGAGACAUUUUGCACCCUCUAAGAGAUGUUUCACACCUGCAUGGCUGUUUACUGAUAAUGAGGCAAUCCAAGCUCAGCGUCGUUAUGUGGAUAAUGAAUUUGCAUCAGUGGUGACCAGGAGCGCUGUCCGGAAAGCAAUCCACGUCGGAAACUUAUCAUAUUGUGAAAUGAACUGGACAGUGAACAGGAAGUAUAUGGGAGUAGAUUUUUGUCAAUCUAUAGCACCCUGGCUUGCGGAGAUACUAGAGCAUUAUCCGGUAACGCUUUACGGUGGUAACAAAGAUGAUAAAGUGCCAUAUAUUGGGAUUGUUGACUUUUUGAGGAAUCAUUUUAAUUUCACGGGUGCUGAUGAGUACAGGAGUGCUGUUCAGUAUUGUUGGCGGGUGGAGAGUGAGCUGGCGGGGUGCGUGCGGCGCGCGCACAUGCUUACUGAGAUCUACGUGUUGAAUGCCACGCAUUAUGUGCCCAGAGAUCAGCCUAAACGAGCAUGGGACAUGAUCACGAGAAUCACGCACGGAGUAGGCUUUGAUCAGAAAGAAGUAUGCACAGCUCAGUCCAAAAAAUGGCGUAAUGUACCACUUAUAAAGAGUUCUUACAGUAACUAAUUUAAG